CUGACCGACGGCAUUAAUUUGGAAGCAGGGAGGAGGGGUUCGAUGGUCGCCUCGGGGUCUCUGCGCGGCGGCGGCCAUGACGUCUUCGCCUCCACCGGCUCCCGGCGGCUACGCCUUCCUGGACGCCGCCACGCUUCGCCGCGUCCUGCCCCUCUCCGCCCUCAUCCCCCAUUUCCGCUCCUCCCUCCCCGCCCUCUCUGCCGCCGUCCACUCCCCUCCCCGCAGCGCCUUCCCCCUCCCCUCCUCCCCGUCCGACUCCCUCCUCCUCAUGCCCUCUUGGUCCUCAGAUCCCUCCCUCCCCUACAUCGGCGUCAAGAUCGUCACCUCCUUCCCCGGCAACUCCGCCCUCCACCGCCUUCCCGGCGUCCAUGCCUCCUACUCCCUCUUCCACGCCGCCACCGGCGUCCCCCUUGUCGCCCUAGACGGCUUACGGCUCACCCUCCUCCGCACCGCCUCCGUCUCCGCCCUUGCUGCCUCCAUCCUCGCUCGCCGCGACGCCCGCGUCCUCGUCAUGGCCGGCGCCGGCUCCCUCGCCCCUUUCCUCAUCGCUGCCCACCGCCUCGUCCGCCCCGGCAUCGACCGGGUCAUCGUCUGGAAUCGGACCCCCGACAAAGCUCGGAUCUUGGCGCGGAGUCUGCAAGAAGAGGAGGGCGGCGCGGAUGAAGCCGUGACCUUUGAGUACGCGGAGAACUUGGAAGAGGUGGUCGGGCUGGCGGACGUGGUGACCUGCGCCACGAGCUCGGAGAGCCCCAUCAUCCGAGGGGCGAAGCUGAAGCCCGGGGCGCAUCUGGAUCUAGUGGGUUCGUUUAGCCCUCGGAUGCGGGAGUGCGACGAUGAGGCGCUGGCUCGGGGAAGGGUUUUUGUGGAUUUCGAGGUGGCCAUGGAGGAGGCGGGGGAGUUGGUCGGCGCGUUUGACAGAGGUGUCAUCUCGCCGGCGGAUGUGGCUGGUACGCUGGUGGAGUUGGUUGGUGGGGCAAAGUCUGGGCGGAGGAGCGACGAUCAGUUGACCGUGUUCAAAUCUGUGGGAACCGCAGUCGUCGACCUCCUUGCUGCUCAACUGGCGUACGAGAACUUUUUGCAAGAAUCAUCAUAAUCUGAUCUAUUGAAGAGUCGAAGUUUGAUCGAACAUGGCUUGAAUUGGCUCAUGCCUCAACGAUACGGCACAAAUUAUAUCAUGGACUGAGGUCAUGCAAAAAAAAUGUACCAUGUAACUAGAAAUUGCAUAGGUUGUUUUCAUAAAUAAAUUAUUAGUAAAUAAAAGCAAUAUGAGAGUAAUUUGUCAAA